UACAAACCAUUGGAUGCAUUAUCAAAGAACACGACAAUUCAAUUGAUUCAGUGGUGUGUAUGAGCAUUUAAAUUGUUGUGAAAAUUUUUUUCUCUGUCAUCAUCUAUUCGGUCGGAAACAGGUGAAAUAGAAAAGAAAGAUUAUACAUUUUCACAGCAAAGAAUAUAAAAUACAAAAAAGAAAAUAAAAAAAAGUACCAUCAACUGAAUCAAGAAGGCUCACGUUUUUCUGAUUAAAAAGAUAUACAUCCGUGAUAGAAUAAUGAGUGCCGCACCAGGUAGCAAUUAUCAUUUCGAUUACAAUAGACACAUUUACAGUGGCAAUUAUGAUCAAAACGAUGUACACACCGAAUUUUCCGAACCAACUGAACAAAACUGGAUUCCAAUGCCAGCCGUUUGUCGAUUUUUUUUGAAUGGCAAUUGCCGAUAUGGUGAUUUUUGUCGUAAUUCGCACAACAUCCAAAAUGAACCGGUAUUAAGUGAACCAGUUGGUGAACUACCACCUCAACAAAACACCGCAACCAACACCACCACAACUAUCAACAACAAUAUCAAUAGUCAUAAUGCUCCCAAUGAUGUUAUACGUAAUUGGAUCGAUGCCCCAGAAUUUAUACCACGUUAUAUAAGCCAAAACACCAAUCAAGUCACACAAACAACUAACGAAGAUGAAGGUGCUUCAAGCCAAAACACAGCAAUUUCCUAUGCUCAAAUCGUAUCGGGAAAUCCAUAUACCGAACAUGCGGAGCAAAUGCAAAUGUACGAUACUGAAGCCAGUAAUUUACCACCGCCCGAAAAUACACUUUGUCCCUACAUUAAGUCAACCAUUACCCGAUCGGACGGUACCAUUAGUUGUAAGUAUGGUGAUCGUUGCCCAUACCAACAUGGUGAUCUCUGUGAAAUAUGCGGCUCAUACUGCCUCCAUCCUACCGAUCAAAAUCAACGAAAAACCCAUGAAAAG